CUGACGUGAAGAAGAACUGUCUGUUCUUAAAGUCUGAGCUCAGAGAAAACUUUUGAUCUGCUUCCUCAGAACACAAAUCACCCGGGGACACGGUGGGAGAUGUUUGCCACAGCCACCAGGAACUUCGUGGAGGAGGUGGAUCAUGGGGGUUUGCUGAUCCCUGUGUCCAGCCUCAAUGACACCAUUGAGCUGCUGACUGUGGUGGUGAAGCGUAAACGUUUCUGGUUCUGGCAGAAGCCCAAGUAUCUCCCCACUGACUUUAACCUGAAUGACAUCCUGGCAGGUGACGCCCUCCUACAGCCAGUUACCAUAGAGAUAGACUUCAUCAAGUUCAACGGGACGUAUGGGGACAACAUUCAGGGAGCUGUGGACGCCAACUUCAGCAACUCCAGCGUGAGCCUGAGCGGCAAAGACUCGUCCAAACUCCAGUCGUCCUUCGACAGUUUGAAAAAAGAGGAAGUGAAUGUGCAGAAGCUGCUGCAGGGAUCCAAAAGCAGGGUCCUGGACAUGUCCCACUGUCUGAUCCUGCAGGCCAAGGAGAAGCACAGGCGCGUGCUGGGGAUUGUGAAGGAGCGCAUUGUGACCACCAAGCCCUGUUCGGUCAUAGAGGAGGUGCAGCAGGGCGGAGAGUGUGGAGGGAGCCUCACCUCCUGUGGGCCCAAGUGCUCCAAGGUUUCACUGAAAGAGAACGGGAAGCUGAGUAAAGACAGUAAUGUUACCAUGGAGAUUCCCACCCAUACUACCAUUGCCUAUGCCCUCAUAGAACUAGAGAUCAAACAGGAUGGCUGCUAUGAGUUGUGUCUGAUGUCAGACACCAAAGGAGGUUUUGAAGUCGACGGCCAUGCUCACACACGACUGUGUGGUGCCUCCGGAGCUGAUCUGCACGCUUUUGAUAAUAGCCGCCUUCAACAAGAUCUUGAGAAGUUUCACGAUUACUUCCAGCUGCUGUCGACUCUCCCUGCCUCCACACGGUCCUCUCUGCUCCAGCAACUCACUCAAGUUAUGCAGGACCAAGUAGCCGUCCGUGCACUUCAGGAUGGGCUGGACCAGAUGUGCCAGGAUAAGAGCUCCGUCCUGGGUGAUGUUAUGACGACAGAGAACCAAACACAGAACGUCCAGGCAAUUCUGGACCUCGUGGAGCAGUGUAGUGAAGCAGAGACAGCUCAGGCAGGCCAGGCCACAUCCCUCCUCACAGCACUCCACCUCAUUAGCAGCGCCUUGGACGAGAUGACCAAUGAGUGUCGUGGCGUCUUGGGAAUGUGCUGCAGCCACUCAGUGUUAAACACAUUGGAGCUGUUGGUGCAGUGUGCGUCAGGAAGCGGAGAGCUGCCGCUGAGCAGCGCACACCUGACCGCUCUGACAGAGGACGUGUAUGAAAAGACUGCACAUCUGUUCGCCUCCUCCAACAUGCACCUGAAGAGAGACGGGGACACUGUGAGGACAGAAAUAAACCAGGAGUCAGGGAACCUUCCUCUGGUCCUGUGCAUCGCUGUCAGAGGUCUGACCUCAUUAACCCUCGGAGUUUGAAUGGAAAAUGCCUUCAAAUCCACCAGAAACUAUUACUAACCACACCUGCAUGAGGGGCACGGGAUCACAAGUGUUAUUUAUGAGUGUUUUAUAAAUUCAAUCUGGUGCUGUAGAAUGUUAUUUAAAACACUUCUGCAUUUUACGGUGCGUUAAUUACUUACAUUUACUCAUGAGACAGUCACUUUGUGCUUUAGUCGAUGAAAAGACAAUCACUGAUCAAUGACAAGUCUUCAAAGGUUUUGAGGAGAAAAUUUGUCACGUUUAUGGAUUUUAGAUCAAACUAAAAUGUCAAGACAUCAACGUACUCUAAGAUUUUAUUGAAAAAAAACAUGAUUUAUAAUCAAUUUUUAAGUAAUCAUCUGUGUGUUACCAAAGGUUGAUCUAAACCUUCAAGCCAAUCAGAUCCAAGAAUUAUCAAUGGGCUGGGAACAAAGUAAAAUAAACACUACUUAUUUUACGUGGGAUCUAAUGUGAUGUCGCAGCACUGAGGCUGUUGGGACAUCUUGCACUUCAGAUUGUUUAUCAGCACUAAUAUUUUAACUGUCAUAUAUUGGUGACACUUCCUCAUGAAACCAUGUUAUUGUUCUUCAUAAACAUGCAUCUUUGAUGCUGUUUUUUAAUGUGCCAACCACAGACCUCAUUCUCAACCACUUGAGCAAACCUGCCUUUUAUUAUUUUAACUUUUGAUGCAGAUUAAAUGCACAUUUCUUUUAGUUUUAAAUUCAGGUUUGAUAUUUUGCAUAUUUUUCUCUAUUGCGGAAAAAUAAAAUGUGACCAUGUCAGC